AUGCAUGGUAGAAGAUCCUUGCAUCCAAGGCUAGAAAAUCCUUUCAUUAUUUCAUUCAAAACUAAAAAUCUGAAAGAAAAAUUAAUUUUGAUGGAUCUUGAAGGAAGUACAGAUCAAAUUGAGAGCAAUCCUAUGGCCAUGAAAAAUCAUUAUAUCCCUUAUUCAUUUCAAAGAGCAUCCAAUAUUAGAGUCCCAUUAGCACCCACUGUUAAAUUCGAAAUAAAUCCAGGAAUUUUUCAAAUGCUCCCUAAUUUUCAUGGAUUGCUUUUAGAGGAACCUCAUCAGUACUUAGAAAAAUUUCAUAUGGUCUGUGAUUUAGUUAAUCUCCCUCAAGUUACACCGGAAAUUAUUAAGAUGAAAUUAUUUCCUCAUACACUUAGGGACAAAGCUAGUCAUUGGCUAUCCACAUUAGAUAGAGAAUUAACUAGCUGGAAAGACAUAGAACAUGCCUUUCUUUGA